CUUGAGCCGAAUUGCCAUCGGAAGCAGCACUGCUUCUUCUUCUUCUUCGUCGUCAUUUCACACUUGUUAUCCUCUCCAGCAGCGGAAUAAUAAUAACAAUAAAAAUACUGCACUAGGUAUGUUGUGAAACCCCGGUCGGUGUGUACAUGUACAGACAGGCUCCGCAGGCUUGGAAGUCUACAUACAUCUCUAUCUACCCAGGGGAGAAGGUCGUGGUAGGGGUCGGCGUUGACACUCACAUCGGUUAUCUAUGUCUAGUACUAUCACUAUCUUGCAGCAGUAGAUUGUCUGUGUCUCGACGGUAUUUCUUAUCGUCUGUCUUAGAGGAGAAACAAAGGUUUUUUGCAAAUCAUUCGCGGAGACACUAUUCUGCGUCAUCGGUCAAUAUGAGCGAGUCAAGUAAGCCUAUAAGAUACGUUGAUAUUGGAAUCAACCUCAGCGACCCCGUCUUUUCGGGGAGCUACCAUGGCAGGCAGGUGCAUGAUAGCGAUCUGGAUGACAUUGUGCAGCGCGCAAAAGAUAUCGGUUGUCAGAAGUUCAUGGUGACAGGCUCGGAUUUGGGAGAGUCUCGUCGUGCUAUAGAACUUGCAGAGCAGUACCCGGGAUUUUGCUACGCUACCGUCGGGGUGCAUCCUUGCCAGGCUAAGCUAUUCGAUGAGUUCCCUGGCGGUCCUGACAAGAUGCUGGACGAGCUGAGGACCCUGGCGCUCCAGUCAAAAGAAGGCGGACAGGCUGUUGCGUUUGGAGAAAUAGGCCUGGACUACGACCGAUUGUUCCUGAGCCCCAAGGAGCCUCAGCUCAAAUACUUCGAGGCCCAGUUGGAUCUUGCGGUGGAAAUUCAACUCCCUCUUUUCCUCCACUCACGGGCUGCUAGCGAGGACUUCGAGAAGCUGCUGGCGCCGCGGCUGGCCAAACUCUCCAAGAGGGGUCUUGUGCACAGCUUCACAGGAACCCUCGAGGAGAUGAAUCGGAUGGUGGCCCUCGGUCUCGAUAUCGGCGUGAAUGGGUGCAGUCUGAAGACGGAGGAAAAUCUCGAAGUCGUCAAGGCUCUUCCGUUGGAAAGACUCCAGAUUGAGACAGAUGGGCCUUGGUGUGAAAUCCGUCCUUCCCACGCAUCUGCGAAAUACCUCAAAGGAGCCCCUGAACUGCCCAAGGCAGUCAAGAAGGAGAGAUGGCAGAAGGGAAUGAUGGUGAAGGGCCGAAAUGAGCCUGCGGCGAUCGCCCAUGUUGCCUAUGUGAUUGCCCAGAUCAAGGGAAUCAGUGUUGAAGAGGUUUGCGAAGCUGCCUGGAAUAAUUCGAUUCGGAUGUUUGGGCUUGGGGAGGAUGCGCCAUGAUUCUGCAUGCCGAAAUUUAUACUAGACGCUGACGGAUAAUCUCUUCUAGCCCUCCAGCGAGAUCAUGCCGUUUUGUUAGAUGUGAGGCUGCCUUUUUAUUUUUUUUCUCCAUGAUCAUGAUAGAUAGAAUAUGAAGACUCUCCUGUUUGUUUGUUUUGUCCCCUGGCGUCCUGACAGAUAUUCCCUUUCGGGUCGUUUAGAGUUGAGUCACGUCAGGGCCAACCAUGGAUCCGGGGAGCGGCCAGGCCCUACGACUAUGCCAAUGUUGCUGUGGGCCAAGAAAUUGGCUGGCCAGAAAGUCUGUACUUACUGCAUCAUCGUCUUCCUUUUCUUUGUGUUCAUCCUGUGAUGCAGAGCGGCAAGCGAAGCUGCUGCCAGCCUUUG